AGGAAGGUUCUCCUAAAUUUGAUGCGUAUGGAACACUAGCACAUGAUGAUGAUGAUGUCUUGUGUGUAUGGGCAGGUUCAGCUCACACCACCAUUGACUCGAUAUAUGACUAGGUCCUAAGUUUUCAAUUCUAUCACAGCAUUCUCACUUUCCCACCUCUUUCUUUGGUCUUUUCAUUAUUUGAGGUGGGCCCUUUCCUUAAAAUCACGCGUCUAAUAUUGUUCCUGGCUUAAUCAUGCACCGAAAUUGCCUUGUAUUUCCUCCUUAUUACAGACGCAUAUCCCAGUCCCUCCUAUAUAAUGGAUGAGAUCCCUAGCUCUUCUUCCAUCAAACUUUGACUGUGGAGAGCUUGUGUUUUUCUGAUCCCUUAUCUUAAUUAAUUUAAUCACCAAUGGCUCGUUCUAUCGCUAACGCCAAGACUUUCUCCGCUCUCGUGCUAGACGGAUUCUCCAGACGUGGCUACUCUCAAAGCGCAACAAGGGGAGGAGUGGCCUCCAUAGCACCCAAAUCAGGGGAAGACAAAGGUGUCUCAUCAUACAAGGUUUCCUGGGUGCCAGAUCCCGUCACCGGUUACUACAAACCGGAAAACAUCAAGGAGGUUGAUGUUGCCGAUUUGCGUGCUACCCUUCUCCGCAAAAAAUUCAACAACUAAUUUCAACAAUUUUAAUUUUUUACCAAACCUUGGGUGAUUGAUUCGUUAUGGAAUUAAUUUUGAUACUCAUAUGCUCUGCCCACCUUCAUUAUACGAUUGCUAUAGUUUUACCAGUCAGUAGAAUAACUAUUAGCAGCUAAUAAGAAUUGUAAUUUCUUUUAAUCUUAUUCAUUACUUCAGUUUUUUUUUCUUUUCUUUUCAAUUGCCUUCAAUGUGAUUGGAUGUGUUUCUAGCUUGCACAAGCACAACAAAACAUAUUUAAUCAUGUAAUUCAUGUGAAAUGUUAUAAACAAUACAAUAUUUUACAUUUGUUUA